AUGUCUGCACAAAAUGCCGCGUCAAAAGAGUCUACAACCAUCACGCAACUUUUCGCUGAAGUAGAACGUUCAGUUAAAAAAGAAGAUUAUGUAAAAGUUCUUAAAACUGUUAAUAAAAUUCUUCAGUUGAGUCCCGAUGAUAAAGACGCACUUCAAUGUAAAAUUGUUGCAUUGAUUAGACUUGGCAAAUAUCAAAAUACAUUAGACCUUUUAACAAAAGAUUUUCCUGAUGAGCAAUUUUUAUCACAAAAGAUUUUUUGUCAUUACAGACUAAAUCAAUUCAAAGAGAUCUCUGAACAAUUGCAAAACUAUAAUAAACCUUCGGGAAAUGCUGAUCUUCUCUUGAGACAUUUAGAAGCUCAAGUGGCAUAUAAAAUUGAAGAUUACACCACGUCAUUAGAACUUUAUUAUAAUUUAUUAAAAGAAACAGACAAAAAAGAGGAUACUUAUAAUGACAUUCUAACAAAUUUCAAUGCAGUAAAAGCAGCUUUAUUGUUUUCUGGAGGAAGUUUGCUUGAAAAGUAUGCUGUUGUAGAUUCAUCAACCACAUACGAAUUGGCUUAUAAUUCAGCAUGUAUUUAUAUAGGACUAAAAAAUUUGGGAAAAGCCGAAAAAUUAUUAAAAUUAUCUCAAAAACUUUGUAGACAAUAUUUUCAGGAAGAAGAAUUAAGUCAACAAGAAAUAGAAAAGGAAUUGGCCACAAUCAAUGUACAAUUAGCUUAUGUAUAUCAGCUUCAAGGCAGAGUUUCAGAUGCUAUUGAACUUUAUCAAUAUGUAUUAAAAUUCAGGCAAAAAGACACCGAGUUAUUUGAUUCUGCAAAAAAAUUACGUGUUGCCAAUGCAAAACCAUUGGAAACUAAAUUAUUUAGAAUACAGAAACGUACAAUAGCAAUGAAUGAAUCAUUACUAGCAUUAUACAUGCAUAAGUAUGCAGCUUGUCAAGAUUCUGUUCGCAAACUAUUACAAAUUUAUCCCGAGAAUGAUUACUUGUACUUAAUUUUGGUUGCUACAUCAUAUUUACAAAAGAAAACUUCAAAAGCAAUCCAAGAAUUACAAGAAUGCGUCAAAACUCGGCCUACUUCUCUACCAAUCAAUUUUGCGUUAAUACAAUUGCAACUUUUGCAAUCAAACACCGCCGGAGCUUUAGAAUCUUUUUCCAAUUUUUUAGCUUCGAUCAACGAUAACACUGAAAAAAAUAAACCCGGUUAUGUAGGUUUAUUGGUCUGGCUUUACGAGAAUGCUGGUUCACCGCAAAAAGCAAUUCAAGCGUUGGAGGAAGCUGGUGAAUUUUGGAAAAGUAGCGUUGGUUCUAGCGAAGAAAGUGCAUCGAUUCUUAAACAGACCGCAUCCUUUAAACUUAAAAUUGGUAAAUAUCGCGAAGCAGCUCAGGAUUUCGAACAAUUGGUCAAGGCUGAUCCAACCGAUACCCAAUCAAUAGCAGGAUUGGUUGCUGCAUACUCGCAAUAUGAUGUGGCUUUGGCAGAGAAAUACGAAAGUUCUUUACCGGAUGUUAUCACAUCUUCAACAAUGGAUAUUGAUGUCGAGUCACUCGAGAAGGUUGUACCUGGUGUCAAAAAAAGUUACGUUAAAAAGAUCGAUGGCAAUAUAUUAUCGUCAUCAACGACAAAUAAUAAACCAAAGAAGAAAAGGAAACGUAAGCCUCUGCUUCCUAAAAGUUAUGAUCCAUCCAUAAAACCAGAUCCUGAACGUUGGUUACCAAAACAUGAGAGAUCCACUUACAGAGUAAAAGGUAAAAAGAAACUACAAAUGAUGAAAGGUUCACAAGGCGUUUCUGUAGGAAUCGGUGAACAGCAGCAGCAACAAACCCCUCAAAAACCAAAACCUGGUGGUGGUGAUAAUAAAAAUAAAAAGAAGAAAAAGAAAGGUGGUAAUAAAUGGUGA